AUUAUAUAAUUAUCAAUCUUUACAAAUCGUUUGAAGACUUUUUCCAUUAUUCUGGUGAGUGAUACAGUCCAUUGUUUCCAGAUUACACCAUGUUUUAGACGUAUACUUAAAUGCAUCUUAUAAAAUACAUUGGUCUGAAAUAAUGCGAAGUAGUUUCAUACUGCACUGAGUAGAGAGUUACCACCAUAGAGAUGAUUACAAUACCUAUUCUCCUCUAUCUGAGCUCUUUCUUGGUCAUAAAUGGGGAACUUUCUUUACAAAACAGCGUAACGACCGAGAAAUGCAAGUAUUCUGACGUGAAGCAAGAACUCGAUGCUGUCCGACAGUUACUAAACCAGGAAACCUUGAUUCGAAUGUCGCUUGAGAGAACUUUAAAAGAUUUAACAAAAGAGGUGGAAGAGUGGAAGAAGACAAAUGAUUGCGUCAAUAAAACGAUCACUCUGGAUUAUAAAAGCAACUAUGAUACAAGAACAAGUACAAAUGGAACUCCAACUUAUGUGAGAUGGGGGAAAAGUACCUGCAGCAAUGGAUCAACUUUAGUUUAUGCUGGACAAGCUGGUGGGACAAUGUACAAUGCAAAGGGAGGAGCCGCUAAUCCUUUAUGUCUAACAUUUGAUGUGUUGUGGGGAAACCGAAAAAAACCCUCAGAGUUUGCCAAUUUGCAUGGUGCAAAAGAAUUAUUACUGUCAAUUAAAAACAGGUACACACAUACUCAUGAUUCCUGGAAGAAAUCGGUGUCUACAGGGGUGGACAGAAGAGUAUCACGGAUAUCUAUCAUCAGAGAGUCACUCCAGUGGCACAUCACGUGGGUUCUACACGUGCGUGGACGACAACCCCGAGCAGAUUAUGGGAGGAGGGACAAGAAAUGA